AUGAAGAACUAUUCGACCGGGAGGCAGUCCCCGACCCAAUCACGGAGGCGUAAAGGGUCGAAUUUGAAAGAUAAUGCAUUCAACCACUCGGGCAAGGCCGAAGCCGAUGGCAAUGUUCUGUCUUCUCGGGAACAAGAUCGGGAUUGCCCCAGUUGGUAUCCUGGGCAUUGUAGCAGGUAG